AUGUCUACUGUCGCAGGAUCGAGCCAAACGGCCGUCGAUCCCAGCAACACCAAGGCGGAUGCCACUACUGCGGUUGGGACGACGGAUGCCGCAUCCACCACGGCCGCUCCAUCGUCAACCACCUCGACGACCAGCCAGACGACCACCAGCUCUAGUUCGACGUCAACGGAGGCCACCACCUCCACCACACACACUUCGACGACCACUAGCUCGUCUUCCACGACUACCACCACCCCGACUUCAACCUCAACGUCGACUUCAUCCACACUAAUCCCGACCAGCACGACGUCGGACCCCACAACUACCGCCGGUGCAGCGACCACCCUAGUAGUGACCCAGACCGCGACUGACUCGGCAACCACGAGCGCGGCAUUGACGUCCAGCGCGUCGUCGACCGCAACCGACUCUGCGUCCCUCUCGACCUCGACUGCCGCGGCCAGCCAUGGUCUCUCGGCAAGUGGCACCAUUGCGGUCGCUGUGGUUGUCCCCGUGGUUUCUGUGGCAUUGAUUAUUCUGGCCGCGAUCUUCUUUUGGCGGAAGCGGAAGGCCAAGAAGGCUGCGGAGGAAGAGCGCCGGAAAGAAGUCGAGGAGUAUGGAUACAACCCCAAUAACGAUCCCACACUUCCCGGCAUGGGAGCCGGCAUCGCUGUCAAGGAUGAUACGUCGUCUGGAUACCGGGGCUGGGGCACAACCUCAGCUGGCCGAAAGGCAUCGACGAAUCUGUCGAGUGGAAUGGGGAUGGCUAUGUCCGAAGGUAGCGGCGCCUAUCAUCAUGCCGCGACUCCCAGCGAAGGCACAGUACAGUACUCGGACGGGACCCGUCCAGAUUCGGGUGAGGUGGUGGAACCCGUGGGCGUCCUCGGGGCGGUACCGGUAGCCGCGAACAACCACAAUGGCGACAUUCACCGCGGCCCGUCUAACGCGUCGUCGGCUUAUUCCGCUGCGAACCGGUCAGAGGUGUCGGAGGAAAGCCACAUGUCGGCUGCUCACCCAUCGGGUGGCUACUAUGGCGAUAACCCAUAUUAUGGAGACAUGGCCUCGCAUGGCGCAUACGGCGAGGAGGCGUACCAGCCCGUGAUCCGGGAUGUCCAGGCGCGUCGCAACACUCGCAUCGAGAACCCCGGGGUUUAUCCGCGACAAGGAAAUGCGGGUAUUGCCCAGAAUUUCUAG